AAUCGGGCCAAGAGGAGACGGGCCCGGGAUAGUUUCCUCGACAGACCAGACCCCGUUUCGAUGGCCCAGCAUGUAUCCUGACUAGAUAUUCUUAGAUUUUUUGUUUUAUGUAACAUUGCUUUUAGCCAUUUUCGAAUCGAUUAAGCUUUGCUUCUGCUGAGAUUCGAUCCGAAUCGCAAUCUAUGAUUGAGGCGACAAGUAUAAAGGAUAUUGUUUCUAGAGCAGAGCCAAAGAUCACAGCAAGAUUGUAUCUUGAAAGUAAAAGUAUCUCCUAAUGGAAGUUUUCUGUUAAUUCUUUCGUAUUUUGUGUUAGCUUAGAUGAUAAAUUCUUAUUUAGAUAAUAGAGUAUUUAGUGUAGUAAAAUCGCUCAUCUGGCAUGGGUGGUUUUUUUCCAGCGACAAGUACUAUUUCCGUCUCAUUUGAGAUUUCGAUUCCUAUCCGUACCUUGAUGGUGACUACGCGGAGAUAUUUUUUAAUGGCAUUCGAGGUCCAGCCUCUUUUGCGCAUGCACGAAUAAAUGGGAUACACAGUUUCUGGCUCUCGUUCAGAUAUACAGUCACACAGUCGCGUAUUCGAAGGAGUAGUAAUGCUUUCACUAAAUAAAAAUCAGGCGCAGUUUUUGGUUCUUUAUUUUAUUUUCUUCAUCAUUUUUAUUUCCUCAAAGGCCCAAGCCGAAGAGAGAAAUAUUAACAAGCUGCUGAAUAACCAGGUCGUGGUCAGUCGCCAAAUAAUGUGCAUUCUUGAGAAGAGCGAAUGCGACCAAUUGGGGCAGCAACUUAAAGCUGCUCUGCCAGAAGUUAUCACCAGGAAAUGCAGAAACUGUUCGCCUCAACAAGCUCAAAAGGCGCAAAAGCUAACAACAUUUUUACAAACAAGAUACCCCGAUGUCUGGGCAAUGCUUAUAAGGAAAUAUCAAAGUGUCUAAAUAUACCACACAGGCUAUUUAUACCCAUGAAUUCAAAAAUAAAAUCGUAGUAUCGAAAAAUUGCCACAUUA